GGGCCUUCAAUUUAUCAUUGCAGAUGGAAGUCAGCCAAAUUUCUGCCUACGAAUCUAUCUGAAAUACUUUGUUCACAUAUUUCUGACAGAUUCUUUUUUGCAAAGAUGGUGGCGUCGUCUGCGAAGCAUCGACCAAGAUGCUUCUUUGACAUCACUAUCAAUGGAACUCUGGCUGGACGGGUGACCUUUGAACUCUUUGCAGACAUCUGCCCCCUGACCUGCGAGAAUUUCAGGGCCCUUUGCACUGGUGAGAAGGGUGCUGGCAAGACCACAGGAAAACCCUUGCACUAUAAGGGCACACCAAUCCACCGUGUGGUCAAGGACUUCAUCAUACAAGGAGGCGAUUUCAGUGCAGGAAAUGGGACAGGGGGAGAGUCCAUCUACGGUGGAACAUUUAGUGAUGAGAAUUUUGACCUGAAACACGACAAGCCAUUUUUGCUAUCCAUGGCCAAUCGUGGCAAGGAUACAAAUGGGUCGCAGUUCUUCAUCACAACCAGCCCUGCGCCGCAUCUGGAUGGGAUUCACACUGUGUUUGGCCAGGUGUUAAUGGGCAUGGAGGUUGUGCAGGAGAUUGAGAACCAGAGAGUGGACAAUAAGAGCCGUCCCACCACCGAUGUGCGCGUGGCCAACUGCGGCGAGCUGGUCUUGAAAAUGAAAGCCAAAGCUUCCAAGAGAAAGAAGAAACCAGUACCUUCAGAGAAAGACUCGUCCUCGGAGGAGAGCUCCUCGAAAGAGGAGUCCUCAGAAAGUGAGGAUGAGAAGCAGAAGAAAAAAAAGAAGAAAAAACAAAGGGAGAAGGAAGAAAAGGAGAAGGCACAGAAGAAGGAAAAGGAACAGAGGAAGGACAAGAGAGAAGAGAGCAGUGCCCUUGAAGAGCCCAAGCCCACCAUUUACCAGAGUGAGCUGUCCGCCAACGUGACCAUCAACCCAGAGCAGAUCCCUGACGUGCCCACCAACAUGUUCCUCUUACGCAGGAGCCCUCCCUCUGACAAUCUGAAUCAACGGAUGCGACGGAUGAAUCCAACUCGAACUCGAUCUGGCCGCAAGGUGAAAGGAAGAGGGAUUAUGCGGUACCGUACGCCAUCGCGUUCCCGCUCCCGCUCACGGAGUGCCACGCCCCCUCACUGGCGUGUGGAGGAGCAGCGGCGCCUUGGCAACUUGGUCUCCGACCAGUGGCAGCGGAGGGGAGUGCGAAGGGCCAGUCUGGGCUCGCAGGACGACCGGUGGGAGAGGGGUGCCGCCCUACAGACCACUAAGCCAGAGAAUAAACGUGCCGAACCCCCGCAGGGCAGGACCAUCCGAAGGGAAAUGCUGAUUGACGACCGCGCGAGGCCCCGCGCCCGAGACAACGGCAUCGGCCGGCAGCGGGACAGACUGCCAGGGAGGAGCGGGGGGCGUCUGCCACCACCGCCCAGGGAAGAGAGGGAGCAGAGGCAGCCAAGAGGAAGGACGACGAUGGAGGUGUCCCAGGGGUCCGAGAGGACGGACAAAGGAAAGGAGAACGGGAAGGAAAAGGAGAAGAAACAGAAAGACAAAGACAAGUCUCACAAGAAACACAAAAAGCACAAGAAGCACACGGAGAAGGACAAACGCAAAGACCAGGAAGAAGGCACUGCCAAAACCAGAAGGGCGCCCUCUCCCCAGCAGCGAUCGCGUUCCCCACGAGCCAGGAGGGAGCGAGCCAGGUCCCCGGGGAGGGAUGUGCGGCUGGGUGGCGGUGCAGGCCGACGUAGGCUGUCCAGCCCCUCUUCCAGGGAUGCCAGACGGAGCGCCGCUAGCCAGCAGGUCGAUGCCAAGGCCAAUGACAGAUCUCGUAAAUCCAAGUCCUUGAGCCCACCGCCGAGCCGUUGGAAGCCAGGUCAGAAACCCUGGAAGCCCUCAGAUGCAAGCAAGGGGUCUGGAGUGCGAAAUCAGCACCAACAAGAACCACCUCCAGCUCAAAGCAUCCCGACACGGACUGCAAAAAGCCCCUCCUCGCCAUCUUCUGUGGAUGACCGCUCCCCUUCACCAGUCCAAUUAAGAAGGCAUGGACCGAAUCGAAGCCCCUCUCCCAGACACCUGAGCCCCCAGCACGAACUGAGCAGCCCCUCCAGGUCCCCCCUACCCCUGACUCAGCCCAAGUCCUGGCCAACUAGCCCCUCUGAGCGCGUUAAGCUGGCUGCAUUUCCACCACCCUCCUCGCCCCCCAGCGCCCACGCCGGAUCCAGCUCGCCGAGCAGUGACAGCAGUGACGACUCCUCAGAGGACAGCAACCAGGACCGGGCCAGCACAAGGCGUCAAACAGGUGACCCGUACUCCACCAAGAAUCGCAAGAAGUACCAGAGGGCAACGGAGCAGCGCAAGAAGAGCCCGACACUGAAGGAGAGGUUCAAGUGGCAGCCACCCUCGGAGGACGAGAUGGAGGCGGGCGGAGGCGGGGCCGAUGGUGGCCAAGCUGGGCGGAGUCCACGAGUAUCGGCCCAAGCUGAGGGAUCUGGGCAAGCCCAAACAGCUACUCACCAGGUACAUGAAGAGAUGGAGGCAAACAGUUCUGCAAAUGAAGAUGAUGAUGAAGGCUUGAAGAAUUUAGAACAGAAACGCAACGAUCUGGAGCUGCGCCUGGCAGCCUUGACCUCCCAGAAUCGCAAGAUCCAGGAAAUGAUGGGUGGCAGAGGUAAGGAGUCAGGCGGGGAAGAUGACAACAAAGGUCCCUCUGGGGACUUGGCAGGAGCUGAGUCACUUGAAACCCUACCACCAUCAAUGCCCACUGGAUUUAAGGAGGCUCGCAGCGACAGCACCUCGCCGCCCAGCCAGGAUCCUGAGGCUAGGGUCCAGAGGGAUAAGAGCCCCAAGCCCCAGCACUCUGAGGAGAGGCCUUCGUCCAAGGUUCAGCGCAAGCGUGGCCACUCUGGCAGCCGUAGCCGCAGUCGUAGUGGCAGCCCACCCAAGAGACGGCCGCGCAGCAGAAGUCGCUCCCACAGCCCAGUCAGGGGGCGGCAUGGUAGCCCGCCAGGCAGACGCCCUGCGGACAGGAAGAGGUCGGCAUCGCCUCCUCCUAGGAGGUCAGCCAGGUCGCGCUCAAGGUCGCCCAGGAGGCGCUCCAGGUCUCCCAUCAAGGCAACCAGGAGGUCGCCUCCGAGACCGGCCAGGAAGCGGUCAAGAUCCUCCAGGUCAUCAUCCAGAAGUAGGUCUCCCUCGCCAAGGAAGAGGUCGAGAUCACCCAGACGAUUGCCUCUCAAGAGGUCCUACCGCAGGUCCCCGCCAAGGAAGUCACGGAGGUCAAGUUCUUCCUCCUCACGAAGUCGGUCGCCGCGCCCUCGACGUCGCAAGCGUCCGGCCAUCUCCCCAAGGAGGAGCAGGAGUCGCUCUCGCAGCCGUGGCAGGACAGCUCGUGACCGCAGCAGACGCAGCCCAAGUAGGGAAAGGCGCAGACCAUCACCAAGGCGCCCCUCACCGUGGCGACGUCGGAGGAGCCGUUCUCCGUCACCUAGGCGCAGACGGUCUCGAUCUGUCAGCCGGACCAGAAGACGAAGCCGAAGUCCCCUGCGCCGUCGUCGGUCCCGUUCGUGGACAAAGUCGCGAUCCCGCUCCCGAUCCCGUGGGCGCAGGCCGAGAUCCCCACCUCGCCGCAACAGGAACCGCCGACCUCGCCGUUCCUACUCCCGCUCGGCAUCGAGGUCUAGCACCAGCCGUUCUAGGAGCCGGAGUGCCUCCAGCCGGAGCAGCAGCCGAUCCAGGUCGCACAGUCGCAGCAGCAGAAGCUAUUCCAGAUCCAGUGGGUGAACUCAUUGUUUGUCCAGAUCCUUUGUGUUGUCUCCAAGAGUAGUUGACAGAUAGAAAAUUAAGAAUUUGACUAACUUGUCAUUAAUUUCAAGUGAUUGUUUGGUCUACCAAUGUAUAUUCUUUCAUUUAGGUUUUUUUGGGGGGGGUUGUCACAACCUUCUUGUGGUGGAGAACCAUGUCUGGGUCUUUUAGAGAGACAGGGGUGCCUUUUAUGUAGUGAAUUUUAGUGCUGCAAUCUUUGUCUGGUUUGUCUGAGCAAGGCUUAAAAAAAAGGAAGUCAAUUCAUAAAGCUGAUUUUAGAUAUUUCAAGUUUAAUUGAUCCUGCUUUUGUUACAAGUGACUGACAGAAGGGAAUUUUAUUCCCUCAAGAGAUAUACUUCAGAAGAUCAUGGAGUUCCUUUUUUUUGGUCUUGUACUUCAUUACUAUUUAAAAACUGGGAUUUAUUCUGCAGCUUCACUGUUAGUUAGUUUAGUAGAGGGUGUCGUACUUAAAAGCAGAAAUAUCGACCAUUGUGAAAGGGUAGAGUGCCGUAGCAUAUUGUUUCUUCAGUGUAUUAAAUAUUUUAAUGUCCAAAAGUAAAGUUCAGUCCAACAGUAAUCCGAUCAUUUAAGACUUACAGCAUAAUUGUGUAACUUCUUGCUGGUGAACUUGUAAUUUGUAAAAAUUUCCCUUCUUAAAGUACACCAAAAAAAACAUGAAAUUGUUUUGCGCUUGGAUAUGUGUUGUGACAGUUGCAAGAACAUGCACGUCUUGGCUGUAUUGUUCACAUUGGCAUCAUACCGUAUUGGUUGUUGUCUUUGUUCAGUAUGAAGUGGACCCUGUUGAGUGAUUAUUUUUUAAUGCUGGGAAAGAGUUUUUGAUGUGUUUGUAAAUUUGGUGACUGAUUUCUUGCAUUUCUUAUUGGUUUUUAAAAAUGGAGUGAGUUGACAGCUUAUAUGGAAUGUCUCGUUGAGCAAUGUAGAUUUUUCAAAUAUUUACCACAACAGCACAUUUGUAAGUUCUUCCCAUGAAGUUUUAUUUUUUGGUGUGUUUUUGACAUCCCAUUUCACUAUCAAAAAGUCUUUUUGGGAAAACCUUAAUUUACUUGUUGAAACCUUGCCAUAGUUCACUUGGCACUAAAUGCUAUUAUUCUGGGCAACCAGGAUUACUAGGAAAAUAUCUUUCUGGCAUCUGAAUAAAUGUGGCUUAAAGUAGUGCACUGAUUUGUACAGAGGUGCAGUUUUAAAUCUGGGUUUUACAAUUCUUUGGGAUUUCCAGUUUCCUGUACCUUGUAGGAAUUCCUAAGCUCUGUACUUUAACUGUGUAAUGGUUUUUGUUGUAGAAUUGUAAACUUUGAAGCACAGGUUCACUGCAAAGACACAACGGUUACAAGAAACAUUAAAUGUAUACAAAACUAAGGGCAGUAUUGGGUGUUUGGUAUUUGACAUAGUUGGUAAUGCCCUAGUACUGCAUUUGUAAACCACUGUACUUGUCCAAUUAACAGGAAAUGAUGCAUAGAUGAAUUGUUCCUUUGUUUUGAAAGACAUGAACCUGUAUUGGUAAAGUUUGUUCCAUGAAUGUUAACUUAAAGUGGUAACAUUCCCUGUUUACUUUUAGUUAUCUGUGCGUUUAUUGGUGUUGUUGUCUAUGGCUAGUAUUUAAACCACAUACAUUUAUUAAAGCUAGUGGUUAUGCUCAUUUUGAAACGACAUACUCAAGAACUGUCCAAUUGCUAGAAUAGUGGAAAUCGUCUGCCGUCUUUUUUUGACACAUUAAAAAGGAAGGAUACCACAAUCGA